AUGGACGCCCAACAAGGAGCAAGUCAAGUGGAAGCCGCUUCAGCUACCAGCGCCAACAUGGCAGACAAGCCCGACGACAACGGUGACGUGUCCAAGGACAAUUCUGCAGAAACACUCCGGCUUCGCAAUCUUGAUGCCCAGGUGCGUGAUCAAGAUGACUUGGAGCGCAAUAUUGGACGGGAAGCAGAUCGGUUGCUACUUCAACAGGCCAAUCAACGCGAGAAAGCACGUCUGGACAAGACCCUGGUGCAUAAAGAGAAGCUGCAGAACCAAAUCCAGAAGACACGCGAUGAGAUGAGUCGUCCCAUAGGGACUACACGGCGAGCACGUCUGCGUGUAGAGAUCGACCAGAUGCAGGACCAAAUUCAGGAACUGGACAAUGAUAUUGCUCAGAUCGAAGAGAGAAUGAAAGAAAGAGAAACAGAUGCAACCCUGGUUGAUCAACCCUCGUCCACAGGUCGGUUACCAAACGAGACGCAGCGCGAUUAUUUGAUCAGAACUGGCAAGAUCACUCCAUUUUCCAAAUUUGGUCUCUCAAAUCAUGGCGAGUCAUCUGAAACGCUGCAAGGCGCUCUGCUCGACGCCGAGGAAGAGCCCGAACUUGGGGACAGUGCACCGGGCACUGAAACUGGCGCGUUGAUGUCCCAUCGAAACCUUCGACAACCAGGAUUUGCCUCCAAUUUCGGCGAAUCAAGUGCUGAAGAAGAGUUUGACUCUGAACAACCACGAAAACGGAGACGCCUUGCGACUAGAGAGAAGGUUGCAUCAAAUGAGGACUCUUCGUACGACGAGGGCUCUGCUGACGAUGAUGUCUUGUCGGACCUGGAAGAGGGAGAGGAGGACAUGCCCAUUACUACUGGAGAUCUGAAGAGAUCCCGAUCUCGUCACAAGGCAGCAGCUCAGGUGGACGAUGAUGUCGAAGAUUUCCGGGGCCUCGAUGAUGGGAAUGAGACAAUCUACCGCUCACGGCUGAAGAGAUGGGCUUUGAGGAGGCGACGGGCCAGGAUCCGCGUGACCCGUCAAGUCCAGAACGGCGCUGAGGAGGAUGAGUUCACGGAUGAGGAUGAUUCUUCAACAAUCAUACGAGAAGAAUCAUAUCUGCCGCACCCAGAAAUCCCGGACACCGUCUUGAGUGAUGGCUACAAAAUCCCAGGCGACAUCUACCCCAGUUUGUUUGAUUAUCAGAAGACCGGAGUGCAGUGGCUGUACGAGUUAUACACACAACAAGUGGGAGGCAUAAUCGGUGACGAGAUGGGCUUAGGCAAGACCAUUCAGGUCAUUGCCUUCCUAGCCGGACUGCACUACAGCAAAAAGCUGACCAAGCCCAUUAUUGUUGUUUGUCCCGCAACCGUCAUGAAACAAUGGGUCAACGAGUUCCAUCGCUGGUGGCCACCGUUUAGAGUCACUAUCCUGCACUCCUCCGGCAGUGGCAUGCUCAACCUGCGCAACGAGUCAAGCAAAGAAGACAAUUUGCUUGACUUGGAAUGGGAUCCCGCUCUCAGAAAUCGACCGCUGACUCCAGCUCAGAAGGCGGCUCAGAAGAUGCUUAAGCCCAUCUUCGAGGAAGGAGGAGUCCUUGUGACGACCUACUCUGGACUUCAAACCUACGCUCCCCUCCUCAUCCCGGUGGACUGGGAAUACGCCAUCCUGGACGAAGGACACAAGAUCCGCAAUCCCAACACGGCGAUCACGAUUUAUUGCAAAGAGCUGCGCACACCGAACCGCGUCAUUUUGUCGGGGACACCGAUGCAGAACAACCUUAUCGAAUUGUGGUCACUGUUCGAUUUUGUUUUUCCCAUGCGACUGGGCACUUUGGUCAAUUUCCGAAACCAGUUCGAUAUUCCCAUUCGUCAAGGCGGCUAUGCCAAUGCAUCUAAUCUGCAGGUUCAGACUGCUUUCAAGUGCGCAGAGACCCUCAAGGAUGCGAUCAGUCCAUACCUACUCCAGCGCUUCAAGAUUGACGUUGCGUCUGAUCUUCCCAAGAAAAGCGAGCAGGUGCUGUUCUGCAAGCUGACGCCGCUGCAGAGGCGCGAAUAUCAGCGAUUCCUCGAUUCUAAUGAGAUGGGGGCAAUCAUUACUGGCAAAAGACAGGUCCUCUAUGGUAUUGAUAUCCUACGGAAAAUCUGCAACCACCCAGAUCUCACCGACCAUAAACAUUUGUCGGUAAGAGCAGGUUACAACUAUGGUGAUCCGGCCAAAUCUGGAAAGAUGCAGGUGGUUGGCGCACUCUUGGAUCUCUGGAAGGAGACUGGCCACAAAACUCUCCUCUUUGCCCAACACCGAAUCAUGCUCGACAUACUGGAGAAGUACGUCAAAUCGCUCUCUGGCUUCAAAUAUCGACGUAUGGACGGCAAUACACCCAUACAAAACCGGCAGAGCAUGGUCGACGAGUUCAACACUGACCCGAAUCUGCACGUGUUUCUGCUGACCACCAAAGUCGGGGGCCUGGGUAUAAACUUGACUGGAGCUGAUAGGGUCAUCAUUUUUGACCCUGACUGGAAUCCCUCAACCGAUCUCCAAGCUCGGGAGAGAGCGUGGCGGCUGGGUCAGAAGCGAGAAGUGACAAUCUAUCGCUUGAUGACGGCUGGAACCAUAGAGGAGAAGAUCUAUCACCGUCAGAUAUUCAAGCAAUUCUUGACCAACAAGAUCUUGAAAGACCCGAAACAGCGGCAGACCUUUCAUCUGAACGACCUUCAUGACCUCUUCAGCCUAGCCAAUGAAGGCGCGCCUACCGAGACCAGCAACCUCUUUCAGGAUGCACAGGUUAAGUACUCUUCUAAGCCAGCCGGCGAGCUCGAGACGGACAGAACCAACGGCGACAAACAAGCAGCCUCAAAUUCUGGCGAUACGAAUGUCGUGGCUCUGCCUGGUAUAUCGUCUGUGGAGCGAUACGCGGGAGAGGUGGAGGAAGAAGCCAAGGCAAACCAGGAAGGAGCCACCAAUUCAGAGGACAGGAUGAUGGAAGGCAUCUUUGCACGGUCUGGGAUUCAUUCUGCUGUAGAGCACGACGCGAUCAUUGAUGGCAGUAGAGCCGGUAAGAAAGUGACGGCGGAUCCCAUCUUGGUGGAGCAGGAAGCUCGGAAGGUUGCUGCAGAGGCGGCCAGAGAGUUGAAGCGCGCAGGUGAGGUCGCUCGACAAGUUCCUGUGGGCACGCCUACUUGGACCGGACAAUUUGGGGUGUCUGGCCGGCCACAAGAGACGACAGCCCAAAGAGCUUUCAAUUCACCUGCCCGUUCCCGAGGAGGCGCCAUGCAAUCCUCAAGUCUGCUUGCGAAUUUGCAACAACGUCAAGCGAACGCGGCAGGCAGUCGUGACGCAACGCCACGUACCUCCAGUCCUGCGAGAUCCACCGGAUCUGCCGCCUCCAUGUCCAGAGCGGGCACUCCGACUCUGCCGCAGGGCAAAGACUUUGGCAAAUUGAUUCGUGACUUCCUCACCGCCCACGGAGGCGCCGCUUACACCCAGAUGCUGAUCGAUCAUUUCAAUCGCUUCUGUACGACACCCCAAGCCACUUUGGAGUUCAAAGAGACCCUGAAGGUGAUUGCCACGCUUGAGAAGGCAGGUCGAGGCAGGGGUCGGUGGGUGUUGAAGGAGGAGUACAAGAAGUAG